AUGGUAAGCUCUCCAAUCGUUCUUUCACCUUUCACACCAAACACUAUUGGAAACGGCAGAGAUGAUUCAGUGGAUAAAGACGGUCCUUACACUGAACCAGUGGUAGAUCCGAUUAAUGGUACAUACACUGUAGAUCAAGGACAGGCUUCGAAUGAAAUUGUCUAUUGGAAAGAUGCGAAGUCAACUCCGGUGGUCGGCUUUGGGAAGCACAUCAACCAGAUCAAAGAGAGAAGACAGAAAGUUUAUGAUGUAUUAAAACAACUCGAAAGGGAGAUCAAGCCAAGAGAGUUCGAAUCAUACGCUGAAUAUUACCUCAUUAAAACAUUCAAAGUAGGCAAAUCAGCGAGUGGAAAAGUUAAUGUGGAUGGAUUACGUAGUAGAGGUAGUGGUGGGCCGUAUCGAAGGUUGAAAAGGUCUUCUCAACGCACAAAUACAUCGAGCUCACGUAAUGAAUCCAAGUCAUCAAGUGAUAGCUCCAUAGAAGGAGAUCAUGCCGCAUCGGACUCAGAUCCUGGCCUGGCUGCGAAGGAAAGUGAUACUGAUUAUAAACCAAGUAAUCCUUGGAAAAUUAACAGGGACAUCACAACAGCUUCAAUAAUAGAGGAAAACAAAUCAGGACCUAUUAGAAGAUCAAGUCGGUUGACAAGGAAAGAAAGGGAGAAGCAAUUGAAUAGGAAGAAGCAGGAAGGUAAAGAAGGGGUGAUCGACAAUGCCACGGAAUCUCUACCUGAUUCUUCAUCUGCUGUAAUUCAACACUUAUAUGAGAAUUUGAUUACCAAAGUCCAAGAGCCGGCAAGGAGGUCAGAUUGGCUUUUACCACCGAAACAGAGAUAUAUACCUGAGAAGAACCAACCUGUUAAACACGAACCUGAGCAGAUAAAAAUUAAUGAACUUGCCAGGAAUCUUCGCAUCAAGAAGAUACUUUCAAGGUUCGAUGGUGGCCUUGCCGGAGUAAGAACAGGCAUGUAG